CAAGACGUCUCCACUGGAACAGAAGAAUGCUAUUUUGCUCAGCCACCAAGAAUUUGUCUAAAGAAGUUUGAAGAUUGCCUUGUUAGUUGUGGAAAGGAGAAACUCUACGGUUAUGUCCCUACCGAGAACAGAUGGUAUGAGAUGGCAAACUACCUGAGUCCAAAAUUGUUUCCUUUUCAUAUGGCUGCCUGUGAUGGCAAACUUUAUGUCACUGGGGGAACUUUUAAUCCUCAUCAAUCUACAAUAGAGGAAUAUAAUCCAUCCAGAAACUCGUGGACACGUUUGAAUUCUUACACUAGUGCAAUUGCUUGCAUUUUGCCUGCAGUCAUUAACUUUCAAGGAUCUCUGUUUGUAAUUGGCGGGGAAAAGGAGCAGCAAAGGAACAAGGAGAAAGGAAGUAAUCGUGUCUAUAAAUACAGUCCUGACACAGAAACAUCGAAACAUGGAAAAUUCUUAAUGAAGUGAUCAACAGGCGUGUCGCUAAAUCGCCGUAUCCUGCAAGCUUCACCAAAAAUGAAAUGAACAUUAGCAAUCCUACUGACAUUGCCAAUAAAUUCUGUGAUUUAUUCACCAAUAUAGGGCCAAAUUUGGCAAGCAAAAUUCCUUCCACAAAUUCGUCACCCAAGGAUUUCUUAAGCAGCGCUCUUUCCGAAUCCAUUUCAUUGCAACCAAUAACGGUCGUAGCCUGCGAAAACAUCCGUUUCUCCUCGCUCUUCGCCGCUGGGGACGUUUCGCGCGGAGGAACGUCUGCGACUCAGCGACAGAAAUUCCAUACUGAUGACGUAAAAUCUGUCCAGAAUCCGGUCAGAAGCGCUGAUUGGUCGACGGAGUAGUUACAUUGUUUUAGCUAUUGUUUACGAAUGACAGACAAAAGACAAAAGGCCACAAAGGUCAAAUGUAAACGCGAAGAAUCUUCAAUAUUUGUAGAAUAUACUGUUCUCGAGAAGAAGCGUUUGAGUUUUGCUGGAGCUCGUUGGCAGAUGAACACAAUCCAUUUUUGGAACCCCAUUGCAACCAAUCGCUGAGUCGCAACGGUCUGUGAAUUAAACAAUAUUGUUAAGUCGUUCAACGCCAACAAAGCUCCUGGACAUGAUAAUAUAUCCAUGAAGAUAAUUCAUCAGUCUUUCCAAAAUAUUGCGCAGCCUCUUGUAACCAUUAUAAACACCUCGUUGUCUACUGGUGUGUUUCCUGAAUCUCUCAAAAUAGCCAAAGUGAUUCCAGUUUUUAAGGCAUAUGACCCAACACUUUUUAGUAAUUACAGGCCAAUAUCAAUUCUUCCAGCCUUUUCUAAACUCUUUGAAAAAGUCAUGUACAACCGACUGAUUAAUUUCUUAAAUUUGCAUAAUAUUUUAUACUCGAAACAAUUUGGAUUCCGUAAUAAUCGUUCGACUGCAUUAGCGUUAAUUGACUUGAUCAACCACACAUCUUCAGCUAUCGACAGAAAUGAAACAACUUUAGGCAUCUUCUUAGAGCUUUCUAAGGCGUUUGAUACUAUUAAUCAUGAAAUAUUGUGUCAAAAACUGCAACACUAUGGUAUUCGGGAUACUGCUUUGGCGUGGAUCAAAAGCUAUCUUGAAGAUCGGACUCAAUUUGUCCAGUUUGGGUCCCAUCGAUCUUAUCCGCGGAAAAUUUUAUGUGGCGUCCCGCAGGGCUUAAUUCUUGGACCUCUUUUGUUUAUUAUUUACAUUAAUGAUCUUCCUAAUGUCUCUAGUCUCACUCAAUCUUUAUACUGUUUGCUGAUGACACAAGAUUCUUUUGUUCCCAUAAAGAUGCCAAUCACCUCGUUUCUAUUGUUAACAAUGAACUUGCAAAAAUAAUUAUUUGGCUUAAAGUGAAUAAGUUAUCUCUAAAUCUGACUAAAACAAAUUUUAUGAUUUUUUAUCCAAGGCAAAAGAAAGUCAAUGUACAAUCUUACUCUGGAAAAUACCGUGAUCAAGCAAGUCACGGACACAAAAUUUUUAGGUGUUCUCAUUGAUCAGCAUCUCUCUUGGAAACCACAUAUUGAUUUCGUCUCAAAAAAAAUUUCGAAAAAGUGUGGGAAUUAUUGCGAAAGCCCGCAUUUACCUAUCAUCCCAAACUUUGAUGACCUUGUAUUACUCCCUUGUAUAUCCUUUCCUAACAAACUGUAAUGUCGCCUGGUCCUCCACCUACUCUUCCAACCUAAACUGUAUUUACUUUUUGCAAAAGCGUCUAGUGCGACUCAUAACAAAAACUCACUAUCUAGCAAAUACUGCCCCUUUAUUUAGCCAGCUUAAAGUCCUUGACAUAUUUAGUAUUAAUUCAUUUUCUGUCGCUACCUUUAUGUAUUCUUAUCACCAUAAUCUUUUGCCUAAUAGCUUUCAUGACUUGUUCUUAAGUAGUAAUCAAGUCCAUCAAUACGAAACUCGACUAGCCAAUAUAGACCUCAUUUUAGAACAAAUAUUUUUACAGAACAAAUAUAAAUUUUAUUUCAGUAUCCAAUUCUCCGUUCGCUUCGCUCACUCGUGAGAUAUUGUUCUUGCCACGAGAACAUAAAAUUCAUAUCUUCGAGCCAACGUGUAAUGUUCUUUUUAUUAUGUGGAGAAACCAAUUCAACAAAAGCAAAAGGCGGGAAUCGUGACGUCAUUGAACGAUACGACACUCACAAAGGUGACAUACGGAAAAUACGCCACUCGGAUCCCGGAUGAAGUGGCGUAUGGAAUCUACGAGUGGUUUAGUUCCCAGUAAAACACUCCCCUCCAUAUAAUAAAAAGCAAUUCAGCAUCCUUUACCGAGGACCUAAAAUCUGGAAUUCGUUGCCUGUUUCACUAAUUAGCUCUCCUUCUAUAUCUGUUUUUAAAAAAAAUUUAAAGAAUUAUCUCACUGAUAGUCGAUCUGUCGUUUAAUUUUCUGAUCUUGCUCACUCUGCACUCAGCCAUGAACUCAGUUCACUAAGUAGUUGAAGGAAGCCUAUUAAUAUAAGCUUCAAGCUUCGUUAGGCUUCCUUGUCACAUUAAUUUUGUAAUUUAAUUAACACUUUUGGUCAUGUUGUGUAAGGUUUUGUGAGUGACUAAAUAAAUAAAAUAAAAUAAAAAUAAAAUAAAAAAUUGGCAAGUGUUAGCUUCCUUAAGAGUUGGCAGAUCUGCUAUAUAUGCAGUGGCUGAUAGAAACUCUUUAUAUGCAAUAGGAGGUGAGUCCAAUAAUGAACGCUUAGAUGUAGUGGAGAGCUAUGACCCUCACAGAAAUUCCUGGCAUAAACAUGCCAGGACGCUGGAAAAGAAAGACCAUUCCUUUGGUGCAAUUUUCAGAGGCAAAGUCUACGUCUUUGGUGGAUUUAAAAGUCGGCAAUUCGAUUCAUGUUCAAGUCUUAUUGAAAUGUACGAUCCCGACUCGAACACGUGGACCGGUAUUGAGAGCACAGGAAUCCCAACAUGGCCAUUUGGUGUUGUCAGCUUUAAAGGAGACUUGCUUGUGCUUGGCUGGUGGCGCAGACAUUUGACCCAGAACUGCUCAUUGAAGGUUUAUGAUGUCGAUUCAUAUGAGUGGAAACAUGAAGCAGUGGAUCCCAGUAAACCAAAUGGUUUCAAUCUGACCAACUUGGCUCCGAUCAGAAUUCCAAGGGACAUAUUAAAUGAAUGCAGAGCUGUACCAAAAGAGCAUCUAUAA